AUGUUUUCUACAAAAUAUUUUGCGCAUCCUAUUUUUUAUGACCUUAUUUUCUUACGUGCUUCGUCAACAACAAACCCCCUACAUAUAUUAUCUCUUUCUUUUUUUUCACUUUUUCUGUCUGUUUCUUUGUCUUUUUUCUUUCUCGCUCGUUCUCUUUCUUUCUCUCUCUCUCUCUUUCUUUCUCUCUCUCUCUUUCUUUCUCUCUCUUUCUUCUGCUUUUCUGACUUUCUCUCUCUCUUUCGCUUUCUCUCUCUCUUUUUCUUUUUUUUCACUUUUUCUGUCUGUUUCUUUGUCUUUUUUCUUUCUCGCUCGUUCUCUUUCUUUUUCUUUCUCUCUCUUCUUUCUCUUCUUUUUUUUCUGACUUUCUCUCUUUCUUUCUCUCUUUUUCUUUUUUUUCACUUUUUUGUCUGUUUUUUGUCUUUUUUCUUUUCGUUCGCUCGUUCUCUUUCUUUCUCUCUCUCUCUUUCUUUCUCUUUCUUCUUCUUUUCUGACUUUCUCUCUCUCUUUCCUUUCUCUCUCUUUUUUUUUUUUUUUCUGUCUUUUUCUGUCUGUUUUUUUGUCUUUUUUUCUUUCUCUCUCUCUUUCUUUCUCUCUCUCUCUUUCUUUCUCUCUCUUUCUUCUGCUUUUCUGACUUUCUCUCUCUCUUUCGCUUUCUCUCUCUCUUUUUCUUUUUUUUUACACUUUCUCAAAAACCACAAAAUGGAAUAA